AUGGAAGCGCAGAAUCAUUCACAUUCACAGCUGACAAGGAUACUACUGGAGAUUGCAGGUAACACAACUCAAUCGUCAGCAUAUCAACAGAUCGAACAACUUACAAAGAAAUUAGACGUAGCUAGAGCAAAUAUACGAACGUUAGAAUCCGAAAAGAGAUCGUUAGAAGACAAGUUAACUUCUUGUCAACAGCAAUUACGUAAGUCUCAUAAGGCGUUAGAAUUCCAGGCAAGACGAGUACUCCAAGCGAAGACAUUCAAGAAGCCACCAAGACUGGCGCCACCUGAAAUAUAUGGUCAGCAUCCCGCUGCUUAUAUGGGCAAGAAAUCAGGAUUGGUAACCGUCCAUGAUCCAGUUGUUGCACCGGACAAGAACGUGAUCACUAAAACCCCGUAA